AUGUGUCUUUCCUUCCUUGAUUGGACGUCCCCGUCAAGUCAACGUCAUGAUGGAUGUGGAUCGAAAGGAUGCUUUUAUGUUGGCGACGAAGCCCAAGCCAAGAGAGGUAUCCUCAAAUUGAAGUAUCCAAUCGACAACGGGAUAAUUACAAACUGGGAUGACAUGGAAAAUAUUUGGCACCACAACUUUUACAAUGAGCCCCGCGUCGCUCCAGAAGAAUUCUGCAUCAUGUUGACAGAAGUUCCUAUGAAUCCCAAUGCAAAUCGAGAGCGCAUGGCACAGACCAUGUUUGAAACCUUCAACGUUCCUGCUCUUUAUGUCAAUAUCCAAGCUGUUCUAUCUCUUUAUGCUUCAGGUCGUACUACCGGUUGUGUUGUGGAUUCUGGGGAUGGCGUCUUGGGCGAACGGGGCUAUUCGCUCAACACCACGGCUGAACGCGAGAUUGUUCGUGAUAUUAAGGAAACUCUUUGCUUUGUUGCAAAUGAUUUUGAAAUAGAACUAAAGCUUUCUGCAGAAUCAUCUCAACUCGAAAAGCCAUACGAGCUCCCAGAUGGUAAUCUCGUCGAAAUUGGAAAUGAGCGCUUCCUGUGCGGAAGGCUGGAUCUCCGAAGAGACUUAUACGCCAAUGUUGUUCUCUCUGGAGGGACCACGAUGCUCCCUGGAAUGACUACACGUCUAAUCAAGGACAUCAAUGAGCUGGCUCCUGGAAGUAUCAAGGUUAAGGUUUCUGCUCCACCGGAACGAAAGUACUCUGUGUGGAUUGGAUGGUCUAUUUUGGCUUCGCCUUCUGCAUUCCAGACCUAUUGGAUGACAAAAGAAGAGUACGAGGAAGCUGGACCGUGUAUAGUCCAUUAA